AUGGACUCUUUUGAGGCUUCUAAUAUUGUGUUUAGUAGAAUCCGGAAGUUUGAACCAGAGAAUGUUACAAAGAAGAUAAUAGGGUAUCUUCUUUUACAAGACCGCGGUCAUGAAAUGAUUCGUUUGGCUUUUGGACCGGACACUUUAAUCCACAAUUUGAUAUACAAAACCAAAAUUCAACUUGGUUUAGAGUCGAAACCAGUUGUUUCGCCUCCGAUUUCACCUUCGAUGAACUUGGCUAAACCAGUUGUUUCACCUCCAAUUUCACCUUCUAUGAACCCGGGUUUUAAUCCCUUCUCACCAGUUUCAUCCCCUGUAACAUUGAAGGUUCCGUAUCCCUCCUGGGACCCCCAAGUCAACCCCGAUCACCAACCAAUGCAUAACCCCCAUUUCAUACUCCAAAAUCAGACUCAAUUCAUGGGUUUGGAUUAUCAAUUAGAGCCAGUUAAUCCAGGAAUUUCAGCUUUUUCGAGUGAUUAUUAUUACCCGGAAGCUACGUGUGCGAGAAGCCCAUGGUCUCCAACCCUAUCCGAGUUCCCAACGAAAGCUUGUCACUAUUUUAAUAAGGGGUUUUGUAAGCAUGGAAGUAACUGUAGGUACUUUCAUGGACAACCUUUCCCAGAGAGCCUCACUCAGAUGUUUAGUCCUAGUACAAAUGAUGUUGUUAAUGAAGAUCUGAUUUUUUCACCUAGGUCACUUGAAAAGUUAGAAUUCGAAAUUAUGUAA